GAUACCAAAGCUUCGUUUGGACGGCGUAUGCGUCAGUAGUAAAUCUCGUGUUUAUGUCGGACAUGCGAAAUUGAGUCAGUGCGCGAUAUCCCGUCUAACCAGCGACGGUACGCAACUACUUUCGAUUAUUCGUAACGUGAGAACGUAAAAGAAAUCGGUGUCAGUUUUAUUUGUUCGAUAUUACAAGAAACGAUCAUAAUUUCAUCAAUACGAGUUUAUUUUUUGAUGGAUUGUAUUUAUUAAGUGGAAAUAAAUAUUCUUUUACAAACUACGCUGCUGCGUAUAGUUGCGCGACGAUCGUUGCGUUGACGAGGAAAAAAAAAAAAUAGAAUAAAAAGUAAAUUAUACAUGAAGCGUGAUCUUAAAAAAUUAGCCGCGUGAUCGAGCAUAAUUCCAGGUGCUAAAUUUAAAUGUGUUGUCUCGAUCCCCUUGGGUUAUUUCAUCGAGGUUGGCUGCGCUCGAACGGUUUGCUAGCAAAGCUCUAUCAUCAGCCCUGCCAGCAGUGGUAUCAUUGUUGAUCGUCGUUACCAGAUAUAUACGUAGUCGUGGUCGCCAUUGCCGGCGGUAGCGGCACUGUGAACACCGCCUGCGCCAUCGCGAGCUACCACCACUACGCGAGUCAGUCGACAGUCUGCCGGCGAGCAGUGCGGACGCGUCGUGAAAGAAUUUAGUCAUCGUUGCUCGCAAGUAUUUGCUGGCACGACCGCGAUUUGCCCCACCGUCGGUGCUACGGUAACACACGGCUCCCGUGGACAAAACCAUUUCCCCUCUACCCGGCCCGACGACCCUCCCUUCCGUCGGUUACCCGGUGUUCUACCAGCGCCGCGGCAGUUCCCCUCUAUUGAUCGAAUUUGACCUGCGAAGUUUCCCCUAGCGUGUGCAGUAGUGGCGGCCGGCAGUGGCUCUCGCGCUUACGUUCCUCGGUUAGUGCGGUAAAUAAUCGCGAUACCUCGGCAUGGCUACUCCGACCGCUUGCACGCGGUUUAGUGACAAUUACGAGCUCAAAGAGGAACUGGGCAAGGGUGCCUUCUCUGUGGUUCGACGAUGCGUUCAGAAGAGCACUGGUCACGAAUUCGCUGCGAAGAUCAUAAACACGAAAAAGCUCACCGCCAGAGAUUUUCAGAAGUUGGAACGUGAGGCACGGAUAUGCAGGAAAUUGCAGCAUCCGAAUAUCGUGAGAUUACACGACAGCAUACAGGAGGAGAACUAUCAUUACCUCGUUUUUGACCUCGUGACCGGCGGCGAACUGUUCGAGGAUAUCGUGGCGCGAGAAUUCUACAGCGAAGCGGACGCGUCUCACUGUAUCCAACAAAUCCUGGAAAGCGUACACCACUGCCACCACAAUGGAGUUGUGCACAGGGACCUGAAACCCGAAAAUUUACUCCUCGCAAGUAAGGCGAAGGGCGCGGCUGUGAAAUUAGCGGACUUUGGAUUGGCGAUCGAGGUGCAGGGUGAAGCGCAGGCAUGGUUCGGUUUCGCUGGGACGCCCGGUUACCUCAGCCCGGAAGUCCUCAAGAAAGAGCCAUACGGCAAGCCAGUCGACAUCUGGGCGUGCGGUGUCAUUCUUUACAUCCUUCUGGUCGGUUAUCCGCCAUUCUGGGACGAGGAUCAGCAUCGAUUGUACGCGCAGAUCAAGGCCGGAUCGUACGACUAUCCAAGCCCAGAAUGGGACACCGUCACGCCGGAAGCCAAGAACCUAAUCAAUCAGAUGCUGACGGUGAACCCAAGCAAAAGGAUCACCGCCAGCGAGGCAUUGAAGCACCCAUGGAUCUGCCAACGUGAACGUGUCGCGUCCGUUGUCCACAGACAAGAGACUGUGGAUUGCUUGAAGAAAUUCAACGCAAGGCGCAAAUUAAAAGGCGCUAUUCUGACGACGAUGUUGGCGACGAGGAACUUUUCCAGUAAGUAUGAUGCACAGGGUCGGAGCAUCAUCACGAAGAAGGGCGAUGGCUCUCAGGUGAAGGAAUCGACCGACAGCAGCACAACGAUCGAGGACGAUGACGUGAAAGAGGAUAAGAAGGGCGGCGUCGACCGGAGCAGCACGGUCAUUGCCAAAGAACCCGAAGGCCCCGCCUCCCAGGGCACGCCCCCGAACAGUCCCGCCGCCGCCGUGUCCGCGUUCUCCAGGGUAGUUGGGGCGGCGAGGGAGACGAACAAGCAGAACCAGGUUCAGGGAAACCCCCUUGGAUUAGCCGCGGUACUCCUACAGGGAGCACAAGCUGGCAGCGCAGGAAGCGGUAGCAGCAGCGGUAGCAGCAGCAACAGCCAAAACAGCCAGACUGGCGCGUCACCGUCCUCGCCAGCGGCCAUCUACAUCGGCAGCAACCACGCGGCGACGCCCACGGCAUCGUCGCGACGCUACGACUCCUCAAGCAACGAAGCGGAAAUUCGACGCGCGAACAACCCCGGAUACAUGCCGCUUAGUCAAAACGAGUCAGAAGAUGGUAAGAAGAGUAUCAACGCCGCACGCCGUCAGGAGAUCAUCAAGAUGACUGAACAACUCAUAGAAAGCAUCAACACCGGAGAUUUCGAGGCGUACACGAAAAUCUGUGAUCCACAUCUGACUGCAUUCGAGCCAGAGGCUCUAGGUAAUUUAGUCGAGGGAAUGGAUUUCCACAAAUUUUACUUUGAUAAUGCAGUCUUGGGGAAAAACUGCAAAGCCGUGAACACGACGAUCCUGAAUCCCCAUGUACACCUGCUUGGCGAAGAUGCCGCGUGCAUCGCGUACGUUAGGCUGACACAGUACAUGGACAAACAAGGAGUAGCGCACACCCACCAGAGCGAGGAGAGCCGCGUAUGGCACAAGAGGGACAACAAAUGGCAAAAUGUGCAUUUCCAUCGUAGCGCGGUCACAGGCCCGUCGCCGUUCACCUAUAAUCACAAGUAAAUCGAUGCGACGGUUCAAAAAAAAAAAAAAAAUAAUAAAGGGGAGGAAGUAGAAGAAAAGGGCCGAUGUGUCGGUGGACGCUCGUCGCCUUCGACGCGUGGAAUGGACGAACGAAACCGUGCAAGAAACCGCGCGAGCACACGUUACACCUGAGUCCUAACACACGAUCGGGAUAAAUAGAUAAAUACAUAAUACGAUCGUCUAUCUAUUUAUUUAUUUAUUUAUCGAUAUACAUGUACACACAUACACACACCAACACACGUAGGACACGCGUAUAAAUUAGUAUUAAGCGCGACAAAAUGGAAAGGAGCGAGAAUAGUCGCGAAAGUGAUCGGAUAAAUCGGUAUUUUUGAGCUCGAUUCAGUACCUGUUCAGCGUACUUACCAUGAAGCACCGCGACUUAUGCCUCGAUGGAAGAACUAUUUCCGGAUGUAUUCGAGAUAGCAGUUCUCGAUGAAGAGGAUAUCGAAGAAAGAAGAAAUUUGGCGGCUAAACAAUUCGGAAAACUGUACUUUAUAUAUAUAUAUAUAUAUAACGAAAAUCUUUAAUCGGUGAAGAAAAUUGUGUUCGAGAUUUGUCUGAAAGUUUCUUAAGUGUCAAUCAAGGAAUAAAUAAUAUUAUCGAAAUACGUUAUACUAGAACAUUAAAAUGAAUAUCAUACAAGAGAAGGGAAAAAUAGAAACGGAUCAACGCCAAAAUCGAAGAAUUUCCAAUGUCUCGAUUUUCACAUCUUCAUUCCGUCUCCAUCUCUAAAACUCGAGGAACAAUCUUGCCAAUUUUCUAAACGAUCACGAAAGAGAAGCAACAAAAGUAUAUUAUAAAAAAAAUAAUUGGAACGAAAGAUGAAAAUACGAGAUGAGAUAGAAUCACAAAAGAUCGUAUGAAAGAAGAGAAUCAAAAUGGUGGAAAACGAAGCAGAAGAGUGUGUGUUCCAGUGGCGUCGAGGAGGUCAGCGGUGAACGUGAAACGGGAAGUACGCGUAUAUCCAGGAAAUUGGAGGUAUGCACGGAUGGGGAAAGAAUGGAAUGGUGGUGAAUGUUACACACCGCAUGCGAGAAAAUGAAGCCGCGAUCGACGAGGGAGAUGACGCCGGCACGUCGGCAACCACGCGUAUUUAGUUCGUAUGAUAGUCGCUGUACAGAACAAUCUUCCAUUGUAAUUUUUUUCUUCUAAUUUUCGUUCUCGUCUCUCGCUACGACGACACACCGGAAAAAAAAGAAAAAGGAAAAAAGAAAAAAGGGAAAUCCAUUGUAGAUUCGCGCGCGCGCUCUGUCUCUUGUAAAACAAGUAUGAAUACAUAAACACACACGCGCGUACGAGAAUUUGUCCAAGUGUACCUGCUGUAUCGUUGCAUAGUUCGUUGUUCGAAUGUUUCGUGGCAUUCUAAUUUAAUAUUCACGAGAAAUACAAUAUUAAUAUAUCGAAUUAUAACGUUGUUUAAAAAAUGGUUUCACGAAUCCGUAACACUCUUGUUUAUGUAAUUAAAUGAAAGCGUUUAUAUGUUAUACUAUGAUCAUAAACGAUACCGUACGUACGCUUACAAGCGUCUAGAAUAUGCUCGAAGCGAGCAAGCUCGGAUCUAUAGGCUUUCCAUCAAAAAAAGAAAAAAAAAAAAAAAAAAAAGCUUCUCGCUCGAGAUUAAUAUCGGUGCAUACGCUCGCGUUGUACACACAUACAAACAUACACGUAUAGAGAUUACGCGCGACAAGUCCAAGAGGGAGAGAAGAGCGAUCUUUAAACAUUGUUACCUCAUCGUCGUAAGGAAGAAAUAUCGCGACUGGCGCGAUGCGUGAAUCGGCGCAGCGACUCACGAUCCGCCAACCUCGCGUACGUUUCGUUUUACAAAUCGAUCUCGAAUCCUCGAGCUACGUCGAACGUGAGACCAAGAGAAAAAGAACGACACGAAGAGAAAAAUAGAGCGUAGAAAUGGAUAAAACAAAGGAGAUGAAAUUUCGAAUCGAGUAAAAAAAAAAUGCAAAGGAUCGUGGAAAGAAGAUCGUGGAGAGGAGAAUGAAUGAAAAGAGGGAAUAAAAGAGUGAGAUUCGUUCGCGUAGCUCGGUGUACAUUGGAUCGCCGUGUACGAAAGGAUCGAUCCACACUUCCGGCGUUCGUCGAUGGAGAAGAAGAAAACGAACGAAUAAAAGAAAGGAGACGGUACGAAGGAGGAGAAUAAAGAAACGAAAGUAGCCGCGCAGAGUGAAGUAGAUAUUAACAUAUUAUAUCUCGACGUUGUUAGAAACACAAGGAACUUAGGUGAUCGAACGAUUUUUUCGUCGGGUUCACUUUCGUUCGAGAGACAAAGAAGGGAAUAACGAUAGGAAGAGAGCAAAAAAAAAAAAAUGGGGCAGGGACGAGAAGAGGACGGAGGAGGAGAGAAAGAAGGAAGGGUAGAAAAGAAACAAAAAAAAAAGAUAACACACGAAAAAAAAAAUCUUUCUUACACCGUUCGUACAUCCUCUAUUAAUUAAUUAAUUAAUUAAUUAUUAAAUACGACUUUACGAGAGUAUAAAUCGAUUAUAUAUAUUAUAUAUAAAUAUAAAUGAACAAGAUUAUCUAGGAAAGAAUAUGAGAAGAUUGAGAUACACGAAGAAAAAUGGGGGAGGGGGUGAACGUGACAGGGGCGGAAGAGGGAACGGUGAAGAAAGAGAGAUGUUCUCCAUUCGCGAGAAAAUAAAAAGAAAAGAAAAAAAAAUAUCGGAGGAACAUUUUUGCCAUCUUGUUAUAUAAUAUAUGUGUAUAUAUAUACAUAUACUAUACACAUAUAUAUAUAUAUAAAUAUACAUAUAUAUUAUAACAUGUGAAUGCGCGCGUAUGCGUGCGGAAUAAAUGGUACGCGCGUUUCUCUCGCGUUGGAAAACGGAACCGUGUGUUGCCACCAAUAAUAUAGAGAGAAAAAUCGGUCGUUGGAUCGUGGUUCUUCGACAUCAUUAAGUUGUUAAUCUUUGUUAAUCUUUGUUAAUUCUUUGUUAACUCCAUAGUUUUUAUUUAUUCGCCGUUCAUUAUACUCGGUUCAGCGUCGAUUUAGAGAUCGGUGAGAUAUCUAGGAAAUUUUUAAUUAAACGAGUAUAUAAAGUCCGAUAUUAAUAUAUAUAUACAUAUAUAUAUAUUUUGACUUGUUCUUCCUUUCAUCGAGUUGUUUCAAUAAAAUAAAAUCGUUUAUCGCUGUUCACCGAUUGAAUUCUACGUAUAUAUGUAUAUAUAUUAUAUUAAUUGAAACUCGAUCGAGCGUUGAAUCGACGCGGAAUCGGUUUCUCGCCAUUGAAACACGCUCGAGAACGCGUGUCCACGUACGUGCGCGCGCGCUCGUUCCGCACUAUCGCGUACAUAUAUAUAUAUAUAUAUAUCUCGAUACAGGAUACCAGAACGAGAGAAGUGAGGGAUGAAGGAGGAAACGGAUGAAAAGACGAUUAAAAGAUGGAGAGAGAAAGAGAGAGAGAGCGAGAGAUCGAGCGAGAGAGAGAGAGAGAGAGAGAGAGAGAGAGAGAGAGAGAGAGAGACAAACGAUUUAAUAUAUUGCAAAUACUAUAUUAUAAAUAUAAAUAUAAACAUAAAAUUAAAACUUAAGGAAUAGUGUUAUUUCUACUACUCUAAUUCGUCGCUUCUAUACGUGUGAUUGUUGUAUAAAAAAAAGAACAAAAAAUACGAUUAUUGAUUUAUUAUCAUUGUUAUUACACGAUUAUCAUUACACGUUACGAUUAAUACUAUUACUAUAAUUAUUAUUAAUUAUUGCCGAGCGAAAGCAGUAUAUUAAGGCGAAAGAAUGGGAGAAUGUGGGAAAAUUGUUGUUGAAAGAAAAGGAGAGGAAUAUAAGUUGGGCGAAGAUUAAAAAAAAGGAAAGUAAUAGAAAUGAAGAAGAAGGAGGAGAGGAGAGAGAGAGAGAGAUACGAUGGAGUGUAAGAGGAAAGAAAGAGGAGGAAUAGUUUACGCGACCCGAUUUUUUUCCUACGAUAAAAGGUAUUCUUAAUUGACGUACGAAUGGAUAUCCCUAGAGGGCAGAGAUCAUAGAGAAGAGCAAGCUUUCCGUGGAAUCAAAUGGAAAAUGGAGAGGUAGCAACAUCCAUUUAACAAUGAAAGGGAAAAAGAAAAACGAGAGAGAAGAGGAAGAAUGAAGAAAUAAGUAAUAACGCGUAGAGAUUUAUAAAUGUAUCUUUAUAAAUGCGUGUUUACAAGGUCGGUGAUCGUGAGAACGAAGGAAAGAUAGAUAAAAAGUAAAGACAAGAUACGAGUAUUAUCAAUUUUAGAUAAUCUUAUAUCGAUUGAUCGAGAAAAGUUGAAGGAUAUUGAUGGAUGUCUUGAGGAAGGCACACGCUCAUUCGCGCGCGUUAUUUAAAAAGUUGUUUCUUAUUGAAAGAAAAAAAAAGAAAACCCAGAAAAUAAUAAAAUUAAAUCUCCGAACGAGGAAAGAAAACGAAUUGAAUUGGAGAAAAGUAUAAUAAAAGGAAACACGAUUUCAUAACGCGGAGGGACGUGUCUCGCAUCAGAUUUUGCUGAAAGUCCUUCUUUCCAAAGAGAAUAAUAAUAAUAAUUAAAUCAUUUGAGUUUUUAGAUAAUAGUAAUAAUUAAACAAUCAUUUCUUCAUUGAUAUGAAUCUCUUAUAGAUUAUAUAUGAAUUUAAUACAUAGGAUCGUCUCUAUGAUCUACGAGAGUUUUCUCUCGCAAAUUCUUCUCUCGUUAAUUCUACUUGCUGUCGUGUAUUUCAACAGUUUAUCAAACUUCUUCAAACUCUUACCCUUUAUCGAUUAGAAAUUUAUGAUUAAUUAACCCUUGGAGCUUUCUUCCUUGUAUCUUCUUUUAAUAUCUUCUUUCUUUAACGCGCAAUCAGAAAGUUUCUAACUCUUCAGAAAGAGAGAGAAUCUUUUGAAAUUUCAUCGAAGUUUCCUCUGUAAUCUCUUCAGAUCUCUUUUCUAUUUACAAUUGAAACAGUUAAAAUCAAUUAAUUACCAUUUUUCCUGGUAUCUUUUCGUUUCUUUUCGACAAGAAAAUUCUCUUUCGUAAUUAAUGGAGCCACAAAAUCUGAAUCCAAGCUGCAUCUUCGAUCGUCCAUCUCUUGUUGACAAAUCAUCCUUAUCGCGAUUCGAAAGUCGACAUAAUCCGAAACCUCUCGUCGUUUUCUCGCCUUCCACUUCAUUGCGGAACAUCGAUCAAAAUCGAGUCAAAAUCGAAUCAAAAUCGAGUCAAAAUCGAGUCAAAAUCGUCUCGAUAAAACAGUUUCCUCGAAUCACGAACUCAGUGGUUAAAGUUCAAUUAGAAUUCGCAUAAUCGACCAUUUCCACGCGUGACAUUCCCCUCGAACAAGCUACUUUCAGCAAGAUCUGCUUUGUUCAAGUAGCGAAACGCGCGCAAUUGUUCGGAUAAUUUGCAGGGAUCGUUCGAGAUGUUCGAUUUUAAAAAGAAUGGAAAGUUCGAAGAAUUUAAGAGGGGAAAAAAAUCGUAAAGGGGAAAUUGGGGAGGAAGAGAAGGAAGAGCGAGAGAGAGAGAGAGAGAGGAGGAAGUUUUAUCAACGAUAAUGUUUUUCGUCGCUAACUUUUUUCUUCGAUAUAUCCAAGCGAUUUUAAACGAAUUAUAGAUAGAGGUGAAGAAUGUUCGUCCGAUGGUAUCCUUUCAAUUUUAUAAUAUCCGUUCGAUUUUAUUAUCAUGCAUGAUAAACGUAACGAUCAUCCAAGUUGGACAAGCUUUUUUACUUUCCUCUCUGUAAUACUCUGAUCUUCGAGAUCUUUUUUGCUGCUUUCUGACUUUAAAACUCUCGUCGUUACACAUUUGCGCAUUUCUCGUAUCGAACGCUGAUUCGAACAGUGUUUUAGUCGAAUCCUCCUAUUGUUGCGUUGAUCGAAAGGGAUUAAGGGUGGAAUUCUCCCUCUCUUGCUUCCCUCUUGUCUUCUUCUUUAACGUAGCAAUCGUUGAAGGAACGACGGGGAUAAGCGAGAGAGAGAGAAAGAGAGAGUGUGUGUUGCUUUCUUGACUGGCAAUUCUUUUUCAAUUUCAAUUAUUAUCGUUAAGGAAAAGAGAUAUAUUAUCAAAUAACGAACAUAAUAGGGAUGUUUAAAUUUGAAAAAAAUUUUAUAUAAAUUUUUUGAAUUUAAAGAAGAAUUUAAAGAUUGAAAAAUUUGCAAAGAUUUAAAGAUUUUGAAAUUAUAAAAAUUAUAUAUAACACUCAAAAAAAAUUCGAUUCGAUUGAAUUAAAUCUUUCGUUGAGAGAUUGGCCAGUCGCAUGCCUUUUCGCGCAUGAAUUAAGAAGAGGAAGAAUCGACCGUGAUGAAGCGGGUUGAAGUGUUGAAAAAAAAAAAAAAAAAAAGAAGAGAAAGAGUUUAAAAAAAGAAAAAAAAAAAAAAAGAAAAACGGUCAAGAACCGUGACAACCGAAUUACCGAGAUUCAAUCAACAUCUUAGCGGUUAAUCGCCGUAGAAUGUAAUUAAACUAGUGUUUUAAGAAUGAAAAAAAAAAAGAAAAAAAAAUCUAUCAUCUUCUACCGUGAGAGAACCGCGACACAGCGACAUCAUCGUCUCGCUGUAGCUCACACGCGCGCACACACACACUGACCGAUUGCUGCGUAUGCACGAUUUUAUUACAGCGAUUUUUCUGCGCCACGUUUUUAGAAGAGUACACACCAGCGAAAAAACUCGAGAGUUUUUUAGGAAUGCGGACUGAAACGAGAGCCAUAAACCCGUGAGACGUGAAAAAGAAAAAAAAAAGAAAAAAGAAUUAUUUAAAAAAAAUAACCCAAGUUCCUCCCGAGCGUUUCUUCUUCCGGGAUGCUCGACGAAUCUGCGUGAUCUGAAGUGGUCGGUAUCACGAAAUCUCGAAGAGAUGCGAUUGAAAAAUAUAGUUCGGUGUGUUUUUUUUCUUUUUCAGAAUUUUGAUCUUUUCUUUUUUUUUAUGAUUAAUUAGGAGAGAAGUUAUUAAGAGUUCUGUCUUCAAAAGGUUAAAUCUGUCCAUCUUUUUUAAUUAGAUUUCUUAUUUUUCCAUUUAUUCUUCUUUUCUUCUUGGGGACAACAUUGAUAUAAUAUUCCUCGUUCGAAUAUUUAGUAUAUACUAUUUAUGUUAAAAACAAGAAUUGUAAUUAAAUUAGUAAAGAAAUAUAUAUUACAAUUAGAAAGUAACCGGAAGUAGAUAGAUUUUGCUUAGUUGUAAAGGAUAUUAAGCAUUGGUACUAAGUAUUAACAUUUGUUAAUUUCGUCGAAGUUAAAGGAAACAUUAAUAUCGGAAGUAUCAGUGCAUAGCUAAUUCUAUUACAAUCGAUUAAAUUAUCUUAUUACUUCCUUUAGCACUUUUCAUUACUAAUAUCUCCCACUCUGCCAUUUGUAAACAACAAAUUUUUUAAAUCCAUUUUAAUAAUCAAUUUAACAAACUUAAUCCAACGAAAUUAUAUAAUAAUUUUCCCGAGCUAUAUUUAUACAAUCGUCAAUCUCCCGAUGCAAAUUUUUCACGUAAAAAAAAAAAAAAAUAAAAAAAAUAAAAAAAAAUAAAUCGGAAGAUCACAGGUGAUUGUAUCCUUUUUCGAUUAUUUCGAUAAGAAAAGCAAAAAAAAAAAAAAAGAAAGUAAGAGCCGGAACCAAGGUUCCUAAAUCGAAUCUCCGACGCAAAUACUCUCGAGUGUAAAACUCUCGAGACUCGCCCUCGAGAGAGUUUCAUUCUUCUCAAAAUGGACAAUUGCGUUGCCAGAUUGAUUGUUCUUUGAGACGCUCAACGCAAUUGUCUCAUUGGCGAGAAAUAAAUUUCGAGAGCGAUUCCCAAGAAGUUUCACUCGCGAAACGUAUUUCCAUCCUAUAUAAUACCGAUCAAAUAUGGCGGCUGCGAGGAGAGAGCAACGUAAAAAAGACACGGUCUUCGGCUAUUUUGACCUCUCCUUUCGUCUCUAACGCUACUUCGAGAGUCCGCGUUUCGAAAGAUUUUUUAUCGUUCCGUAACUUUUUGCGAUCCUACCUACUACUACGUACGCAAUAUAGAAUUAUUAAUUAAUGUAACUUUUUAGCGUGUGCGUGCGUCUAUUUGUGCAUGCGUGCGCGUGAUACCAUAUAUAAAAUAAUCUAAUUGAGGUACAGCUCGGUUGAUUUUGCACGACAUUUCGGAUCCGGCCGAUCGGAUCGUUUGCGAUCGUUUGCCUAUCUUUUUCGGCCAUUUUCGACGCGUACGUUAUCUCGAAUUAAAGAGAAAAAAAAUAAUAAUAAUGAAAAAAAAAAAGGGAAAAGAGUCUCGAAAUUCUCGACUCGAUCCAAGCGUUGUUUCAUGCGUCGAUAUACUUACAUAUCUUCUUACAUUGGAAAAUCGAGAGUAAAAGCAUAGAUGGAAUGAAAUACGUGAAACGUUUAAUCGAUGAAAACUCGCCAAAAAAAAAAUAUAUAUAUAUAUAUAUAAAUACAUAUAUAUUUAAUCGCACACGCGACAGUGCGAUUUUUUAAUCCUUGCUUUUUAUCCUCGAAUCGUGCGCGUCGAAUGGCCGAAUUAUAUAUUUGAAGGCAAUUCAAAAAAAAAAAAAAAAAGAGAAAUAAAAAUAGUAAACGAUGAAUUAAACCCUUUCGAGCUUAAUAAAGAAACCAGGAAAUAAAAAUGUAAUAAGGAAAAAAUACACAGGAUGAGAAGCAAGUGAAAUAAAAAGAAAAGAAAAAAAUGAGUAUAAAGAAGAAAUGCAUACACAUGGAUACACAAAUACAUGAGAAAGAGAGAAAAAAAAAAUGCAAAACGAGUUCGAAGAGUGAACCGAUUUGAUUUUUCGCGAUGGAGGACGGUGCGUUGAAGAAAAAAAAAAAAAAAAAAAAUAGAAAAAAAAGUUAUUAAAUAAUAAAGAAGAGAUACGAAUUCUUUAGCGGACGUGCGAUCCAACUGUGCCUCGAAUAAAAUCUUGAGCGACGUCCCCUCCGACUAAACGAAAAAAUGAAAAAAUCACAAAAAAGAUGAAAAAAAAAAAAAAGAUUAUGAUAUGUAAUAGAUUGUAAACGUUCACUACUAUUCUUAUUGAUAUUAUUGUCAUUAUUAUUACUGUCAUCAUUAUUAUAUUGUCAUUGUUAUUGUUACUAUGAUUACCGUCACGCGCAUUUUAGAGGAAUUAUUCACGUGCAAUCUGCGAUGGCGAAUUCCGCGCGACAUUCGUGUUUUUACUUCUUGAGCGUUGCGAUGGAGAGAGAAGAUAGUAGAAAAAAAGAAGUGAAAGAAAGAGAGAACAAUAUGGGAUGAAACGGUGGUAAAUUCACGGACAACGGACAGAGAAAAUUUUCGUUUUAAUUCCGAGGGAUAUUUUCCAAUGUUCGAAAGGAGAUUCUCGAAGUGGAGAAAGUGGCGAAUUUUGGAAAAAGAAAAUUUCGAAAAUUCUACGAUUCUCGAGAUUCUCUUCCGCGUACGAAAAAUCGGGAAAUCAAUUCAUCAAUCGGAUCAUCGAUCUUCUCGGUGUACGCUAUUUUUCUUCACUUAAAUUAAGAAUAUUGUAACAUUCGAUUCUAGUUUUUAUCAAAGUAUAUUCCAUACGUAAAUUAUAGAAAAAUUUUGAAACUUUUUAACGCUAAAUCCCCGCGCCAUUUAACUCCUCGUUUAAGAUUAACAAUUUACGAUUUACUUCGAGAUAUCGAGUUUAGCUUAUAAUAGAAUAAAAAAGAAAAAAAAAAUCUAAUUAUAGCGAGGUAAUCUAAUCUCUUACUUCUACGCUCUAAUAACGUUACGAGGCUUAAAGUUAAAAAAAUUGCGCGAUGAUCGAUGAUCGAGAUAAUGGAUUUCACGCGAGAAUUUCGUGAAUCACGUUUUCUGUUUGUAAUCUUUGUCCGAUGUUACGUGAGCGACGAGUCGGUGUCCCAAAAGGGAAGAGCGUUUCUACGAAGCUCAACUUCCGGUUGUUCUUGGCUCUGAUCUUCGUAGGAGAAACGCCGAUCAAUAUCGCCCUGUUGGAGAAACGCCAAUUGUAAUAGGAAAGGAAAGAACGAAAAUAAAAGUGAGAAUGAAUGAGAGUAUACGAUAGAGCGAGUGUGAGAGUGAGAGAAUGGUAUGAGAGCGUAAAUUAGAGAGCAAGAGCGAGAGAGAGAGAGAGAGAGAGAGAUUAGAAAAUGUGUGAUUAUUAAAAAAAAAUCUCUCAUCGGUACAUUUAAUAUAACGCUAAUUCAUUAUUACAGACAUUAUUGGAUUUACGGUAAACGGAUAAGCGAUUGAUUACAAUUUUGUCCUAAUGUUCAGAGAAAUAAAACAAGGAAAUACA